GCCACAUUAAAUACGCUUAUAAUACACGCCACUCUGGCACCGUUUAUCCCGUGAAACGAUCAUAUCGCGUUGUUGCCAUCUCUCUCUUUCUGCUAAAACAGUUGCCCUAUGCUUCGGUUUUUCUCCACCGCUCCAACUUGUUGCAAAACCUUUUUCUGUCUCCUGCACUUGCUACAGUCUUCGGGUGUUGCAUAUAUAUCGUACAUAUAUCAUAUAUACGCAUAUUGCUUUCUAUCCGCUCUCUUUAGAAAAUCAUUCCAAAAAGAACGCUUUAGCUAUUUUCAUCCCGGGUUUAUACACCGUGUUCAAGUGUCUAUUUUAAUACCACUCGGUAAUCAUGUAUUCACUCAUACUCGUUAAGGAUCGAUUCGGCUGAGAUGCGGCCUGGAUCGGAUGGACGAUUGAAUAUAUAAGCUUUGAGUCGGAAUCCACCGGGAUAUAUAUGUAAUUUUCCCCCCUUUAUGGAAACAAUUAUCCAUGGCCCAGCAGUGGAUCGGUGCAUUGUAUCGCGUUGAUUUAUCCUCAGCAUUCCACUGAAUUCCCAUCAUGGCACGCCCGAAAUAUUUCAUUUUCGACCGGCGCACAGCGGGCGGUGUGCGUAAAUAUCAAGAUGCAGUGAAAAUCAGCCUAAUUGUCUUACUGGGCCUGAGUGUUGGAUUACAUUUAUUGGUGCUGUUCCGCAGUUCACUGAUGGAUGGCGGCGCAGGCGGUGGUAGUAUGGGGUGUCCCGAUGUCGUCCAGCAGUCAGCGGUCUUCAUCAGCGGCCCCCGCAGUAAACCAGCGCCAUCGGCCUCCAGCUGGUCCAGUUCAUCCGAUCAUAAUUCGCAAGUGGAGCGCGGUUCCGCUGGCGGCCGCCGGCCAGUGGCGGCUGAUGGCCGGCUUCCGGCCGCGGGCGCCGAUCAGCAGCCGGCAGCUGCUGCUGCGGCCGGUCAAGCACAUAUAUCAGCGGCGGCUGAUGCGCUGCCGCUGGAUGAUGCCGUGGGGAAAGCUGGCAAGAGGAAGGAUUACAAAGCGUUAUGGCGAUAUUACCGCUUGACUGCCAACGUUAGCGACAGUCCCUAUGCCCGACCGCGUCAGCCGCUUCCUCCUCACAAGAACAUGGCGGAUGUGUAUAAGAGCAACGGAAGUCAAUUUGGAAAUACCGUAUGGGACAGAUUUCAUGCUGGCAUCACGCCCUAUCAGCUCUAUCAGGAUCCGGCAGUUGUUGAUGCUGUCCUCAAAGAUGUACAAACGGCCGCCAUUACGAAAGCCGAAAUGAAAGACGGCGGUACCCAGCUAAAGCUGUUUAUUGAGUUCGAGGGUCCUGGAAAAGCUCUUUUCAAACCAUUACGUCUCAACAACACCCAGGAGGACAACCCCAAUCAUUUCUAUUUUAAUUAUUUCGAACGACAUUACAGUGAGAUUGCGGCAUACCAUCUCGACCGCGUCCUGGGUUUCCGUCGCGCUCCUCCGGUAACCGGUCGCAUGGUCAAUCUGAUCACCGACGUUCGUAAUCGUGCGGACGACAAUCUUCGCGACACCUUCUACAUCUCCCCGGCCGGCAAUAUCUGCCUGACAGGCGCCUGUAAAUAUUACUGCGACACCAGCCACGGAUUAUGCGGAUCACCGGAGAACUUACCGGGUUCCUUUAGCGCUUUCUUACCGGAAGACGAUGGGCCAUCACUGCGCAUGACCUGGCGACAUCCCUGGCGACGAUCAUAUAGCCGGCUCAAACUGGCGCCCUGGGAAAUGGACAACACGUAUUGUUUGCUAAUUAAGACGAUUGAGCCGUACGAUGCCGGUCGGAGAAUGUUGGACAUUAUGGAUAUGGCGAUAUUAGACUACAUCGCUAAUAAUCUGGAUCGCCAUCAUUAUGAGACAUUUUACGAGUUCGGCAACGAGAGCUCGCCCAUCCAUUUGGAUCAUGGUCGGAGUUUCAAUAAGUGGAAAACCGACGAUCCAUCCAUCUUGACACCUCUAACACAAUGUUGUCUUAUCCGGCGAUCCACCCUGAAACGCUUGCUGGACCUAACCCGCGGACCAAAAUUAAGCCAUCUUUUAGAUGAGUCCAUGCGCUCCGAUCCUCUGUAUCCUGUCCUGAAUCAAGAGCAUCUGGAUGCGGUAGACAGGCGCGUUCAUGGCGCACUGGAUGCCAUCGAAACCUGUUUGAGAAAUGCCAAAAAUCCAUCAGAUAUUAUUAUCCAAGAAGAUCUCAAAUCAUGGAAGCUCUGAGUGAAGUGUCGAUCGUGACUUUAUAGGUUUAGAAGAAGAAGCCGGGCUGGAUAAUGCUUAACGAGGAGCUGUCAGCACCGCAAAAGAACUAUGCGGUUUACGUAUAUCCUACUAGGCUUCCUGCCAGCACAGAAAACAUCAGACACUGUUCCACGCAAAAUGCCCGGAAAUUCCUGAAUAGAACAAUGUCUACGUCCAAACACCUAUACACUGUUGGAGAACACUUUUUGCAGCUCCGGACCCAUUUCAACUCGACAACCGUACACUUUUUCUGAAUGAUGCACAUUGUGAUAUUUUUUGUACAAUACGGAGUACAUCUGUAUCAGAGAUUAGAUGAUGAACGCUUGACAUAGAGUUAUCUUUUAUGCUACUGCAAAAUUAGGCUGAUUUUGAUAAUUAUUGCAAACAUGGGCCUUGAUAAUAUAUCUUUGAAAUUUGGAUCCGUCCUUUCAAAAGCUUUGUUGCAUUUUUUCAAUUUAACGAACGUAACACAUUCUGGUUUCUAGUUUUUAUUUUGGAACGCCGAGUUUGCUCUGGUAAAAAGAGUGACAAUCGAACUUU